CCGACUUUUCCCUAGAUCAUAGAGUGAGUAUACGUCAGAGUAAGCGUGCAAAAAAACAACACCCGCUCACUAAUUGUCUCCCAAUUUCUGGAAAUAGUCGUACUUUCACCGGAUUUGAACGAUUCAGGAAUAUCUUCAGUCAGCGGUAUCAGGGAUAUGGAACGUUGAAGAAGAACUUGAACUGUCUUGUUUCUCUCCAGUGACUCCAGCACUUUAAUUGGAAAGUUCUUCAGAGGAGUAUGGGGAGCAGUGGACAGCUGUACAGCCUCUCGUGGGGAGAAUUCGGCAAUUCCUUGACAUCUGCUGUCCAAUUACUCCGGGGCCAUGGUGACCUGGUUGACGUGACACUUGCUGCUGGUGGCCGAAGUUUCCCAGCUCACAAAAUCGUUCUGUCGGCAGCGAGUCCCUUUCUGCUAGAUCUCCUCAAAAGCACACCAUGCCAACAUCCAGUUGUUAUGCUCGCGGGGGUUAGUUCGGAUGACCUGGAGUCAUUAUUGGAAUUCGUUUACCGUGGAGAAGUCAGCGUUGAGCCCUCGCAAUUGCCUUCUUUGUUACAAGCUGCUCACUGCCUCAGUAUCCAUGGACUUACAUCACCCACUGUUUUGACUGAGAAUGGGGACCAGGUAACACCCCCAACAAUACCGGAACCAUCGGAACACAUAAGUCGUGAGAUGAUGAAUUCCUCAAUUCCAAAUCAGCGUCGUCGAAAGAGGAAAAAAUCUUCAUCUUCCUGCAGCAAGUGGCCCCGUCUGGACAACACAACAGACUCCGAUGAACGACUGGAUGACGAGAGAACAAUAGACUACGACCAAAAAACCGAGGAACCAACCCCAGGAGACGAAGCAGGUACUGUGGAUGAGUCCUGUCAUUGUUUGCCAGAAAAUGAGCCACCAUCACUACCACCACUUCCACGACCACCACUACCACCACGACUACCACUACCUACAAUUAAACUCGAGAACCCGUUAAACGAGACUUCCGAUCCGGAGUUGGUAGAUACAAAGCAACAUCUCCAGACUUUAUUGCAAGGGAUGCAGUACUCUCCACUAACUUUUCCUAGUGGUCUGAUAGCACCAGGAGCUUUUCCCUCUACCUCAGCAGCUGGGGUAAAUGCCUUCAAAAUAAAAGGGGCUUCCGACUGUCCAGGACAGUGUGCACUAUGUGGGGCGACUCUCAGACAAGCUAGAAAUCUUCGAAGGCAUCUGCUAACCUCCUGCAAGUAUCGAUUCAACAACCAUCCUCUCACCCAACAUUUACAGGACCAAAUGAUUGUCGAAAUAAAACCUGAUAUCGAUGUAUCUGGAUACAUUGGACCUACCUACAUGACUGACAGUGGUGGGAGUAAUAGCUGCGAACCUAUUGUUCUCGGAGGGAGUCCUAUACCGUCACCUGAGGAGAAUAGAGGAGUUGAAUUUUUGGACAAUCAUCAGAAUGAAUCCCCGGCCACUAUCGCCAGAUGAGAGUAACACUGAGGGGCCGAGGAAAUGGCAAGAUGCAGUGAUUUUUUUAGGAAUUUUCUUAAUGAAGAUGAGAUCAACUGAUUUUUUUAUCUCAGAAAAUAAUGCAAGGGGCGAAAAAUGUGCGAUUGUUUUUUAAUCAGCUGUUUUUAAAUGAUAUUGUUUAUUGCUUAUCAAAGGUUUAUUAAUUUUGGUUAUUCUCUCAGUAACGAAAAAAUUAUUUUAAAAAAUUGUCACUCAGUAUUCAAAUAAUGUCCGGAAACGAUUCGCUUUAUUAUCUUGAACCCUUUUAAUUAAUAUUUCAUAAUUAUUAUUAUUUUAGAGUAUAGAAAUAUAUCCCCCUCAAUGAUGCAAAGUGAAAAAGCGUUUCAUUUUAUCUUAUGAAUUUCCAAUCAUGGAGUUUUAGAAAAUAAUUCGAGGAUUUCAAAGUCCUGUAAGCCUUACAUUAUCUACGGUGAACAGGUCAAUUGCUGAACAAUUAAGCGAGUAUCGAGUUUUGUGAUAAAACAUAAAAGAGUCACAUAAAUGAGGAUAUGAUGACUUUCAUACCUUCAAGACUGUACUAAUUAACCCUAAAUGGGUCACUCUGCCAUCUGAGGACCUUGGUCAUCUCCGCGGGGAAAUGCUGCUCGUGUUAUUUCGUCGAAGACGUUGCUGCAUUUACUCUACAGUGACUUUUAUUAAGCAUGGAAAGAAAUAAUUUUUUGCAAAUUUUUUUGUCCAUUCAACGUAUACCAAUUCAUGAAAAUUAACGCGCUCCUGCAUUUUCCUCAUAGAGUGGCCAAUCUAGUGUUAAAAGAAAAAAAUUAUCUGAAGUAAAAAUAGCAAAAUAAUUUGAUGAAAAAAUAGCAACAUGCAAAAAAACUCUUCUUUCAAAAGACCCGAGUAUAUUUUGUAUUCAUUAAAUGUCAAUCAAUAGAAAAAAUAGGUGCUUGCGUUAUUAUACACGAGUGAUAUUACUGGAAGGUGUAAUAAUAAUUACAGCAGCAUUUUAUGAUUAUUUAAGACCUAUGCAAUGGAAGUUAAAAUCGUCCAGAAAUUGACCCAUUAACCCUAUAAUCUAUUUGAAUUCUAAUUAUCCCGUAUGGCCCAGAGAGCGAAAAAAUAAAUUCUUUUUGUACUUACAGACUGUUAAAGAUAUCAUCUCGUACAAAUUCGUUAAGUUUUCUUUUUAUAAUUUACUUUCAACAGAAUAAUGAGAGUGAUAGGCUAGUACCUAAAAAAUCGUUCCCCUUCGCAAUGUACGAUUCAAUUGAAUGCAAUCUCUAAUAUUAAAUGAAAAAAGUGGUACUAAUUGAUAAGAAUUUUAGAUCAAUGAAUUUAUAUUUUGCCUUCUAUUAUUUUAAAAAAGUAUAGUAUUGAAGAGCAAUUUGAGUAGAGUAAAGAAGUAUUGUUAUAAAGAGCAAAAACAUGUGUAACUUCUAUGUUAUAAGAUUUCCUCAAUAAAUUAACUCCACCUAAAUUAACAAGUUCAUUGCCAACUGAUUUCAACGGAUUGUUGACUAGACGAAUAAAGGCUUAUCGAUUUGAUGGUAGUUGAAAUUGAAUAUUGGGCACUG